AAAGAGUUUGUCGCGUGUAACAGUUGAGUUUUUUGUUUAUUAGUUUGAUCAAUAGUUUCUGAAACCCAUUAUAACCGAGACAAGUAGUAUUAUAACAGUAAUGUCAUACGAGGCAGAACAACUUCGCCUCCAAAAACUUUGGCAAGAGCUUUUAUCUGAAGACGAAAUAGACGAUGAAGAUUUGUUUGGAGAAACUUCAGCAGAUGAAUAUCAGCCUUCUGACAAUACGAGUGACUCUGAUUCGGAUUCAGGAAAGAAAAGACGAAAAAGUGAAAAAUCUGGAAAAACCAAAUUUGUUUUUGAUAAAACCAACCAUCUACUUCGACAGCUAGUGUACAGGACUUUAUUGAUGGAAGCCAACUGUCAACUUCGGGAGCUGUUGUACAGAAGUUCGAUGCUGCCAGUAGUGCCAGUAUACAACAAACGAUUGAAGAUGUCAUAA